AGGAGGCGCUGACGCAUGCGCAGAGAGUGGUGAUGCGAUUGCCUUUGCCCAGGACGUGGACCUGGUGCUGGUGGCGAGUUCGAGUCCAGCCGGAGGCAGAUCGAGCUGCUGCAGCCGCCGGGAUGUCGGGGCUACGCGGGCAGAGCCGCGGGAUGCGCUCGGUGCUGGGCACCAUGGAGUUCGGGCGGAGAGCAGACGCGGCGGCCAGCGGGGCCAUGCUGCGCGCGUUCCUGGCCCGCGGGCACUGCGAGGUGGAUACCGCGCAUAUGUACGCGGGGGGCGAGUCGGAGCGGAUCCUGGGCGCCUGGCUGGCGGCUGAACCCGUAGCAGCGGCGGCAGUCAAGGUAGCCACCAAGGCAAAUCCAUUGGAGGGCAAUACUCUGAAGGCUGAUGGCGUUCGCUCCCAGCUGGAGACGUCCCUCCAGAGGCUGCAGGCAAAGAGUGUCGACCUCUUCUACCUCCAUAUGCCCGACCACAAGACCCCCCUGGAAGAGACGUUGAAAGCCUGCAAUGAGCUACACAGAGAGGGGAAGUUUAAGGAACUGGGUCUCUCCAACUAUGCCUCGUGGCAGGUGGCGGAAAUCUAUGGCAUCUGCAAGGCCAACAACUGGGUGUUGCCAACGGUGUACCAGGGCAUGUACAACGCUACAACGCGCCAAGUGGAGACAGAAUUGUUGCCAUGCCUUAGACAUUUUAGGAUUCGAUUCUACGCAUAUAAUCCGCUGGCUGGAGGGCUCCUGACUGGGAGGUACAAGUACGAAGAUAAAGACUCGAACCAGCAGCCAGCUAGCAGGUUUUUUGGCAAUGACUGGGCCAAACUCUACAGGGAGAGGUAUUGGAAGAAGCAUCAUUUCCAGGGGGUGGACUUGGUCAAGAAAGCCCUCCACGAGGCGUAUGGCUCAGACACGCCCAGCUUGACUUCAGCCGCCCUGCGCUGGAUAUACCAUCACUCAAAGCUGCAGGCUGACCUUGGAGAUGCUGUGAUCAUUGGGAUGUCCACCAUGGAACAGCUACAGGAGAAUCUCAAGUGCAGCGAGGAGGGUCCCCUCCUGCCCGGGGUGGUCGAGGCCUUUGAGAGAGCUUGGCACCUCACCGCCCACGACUGCCCCAACUACUUCCGCUGAAGGCUUUUGCAGCCUCGAGGAGAAAUGAGAGCACCCGUCGGAGACCCCCAACCCUCUGGACUCUCGUUUUGCCACAGACACCCUCUUUUGCUUCAGAAGUUCCUCCCUUUCUCACGAGCGGAAUAAAUCCGACACCUCCGUGGCCUUAGAUCAAGAGAGCACUUUUCCCUGGCAAGAUUUCUGCAACGUUUUCUGGGUCCCUGAAAGUGGCUUUCAUCCUUCAAAAUAAAAAUCUUGGUUGCACCUUUUAACUCUCUUCUCUGCUCCCCCCCCCCAAAAAAACCCCCAGAAGUUAUGCAUGUCAAGUAGAUGCUUCUAAUACUUUGGAACUCCCUGCCUGUUGAUAUCAGGCAGGCAUCUUCUCUAUAACUUUUGGUGCCUGCUAAAACCAUUUUUGCUUAGACAAGGCUACCCAGAUGCUCUGAGCCUUAGUCUGUGUUUGGUCUAUUAUUUUAACUUUUUGGAAGUCUUUAUUAGAUUUUCUUUGGGUUUUGUUUUAACAAUCCGGUAAUAUAUAUAAAUUUUAUGAAAUCAAUAAAAUAAAUGCUCUACCCCU